AACUCGUUCAUUUCUCAAUUGGACCUCCAGCGCUCGCAUCGACAAGAACCUCGAGACCAUCAUGGGAGUCACCAGUGCUCCCCUCAAGUCGCCCAUGGGGUCACCAGCAGUGCCCUACGAGCCCGUGCAGACCAUGUGGGAGGCUCGACCACGCAAAUACAAGAGCGUCCUGUUUCAAGUCUGUUCCUUCAUCCUCAUGAUGGAGCUAGCCGAGCGUCUCAGUUACUAUGGUAUCAACCAAGGUCUCAAGAACUUCAUGCAGAAAAUCGGAUGGAGUCUCGUGUCUGCCAGUGCCUUGAAGAGUACCUGGACGUCCAUUUGCUACCUGACUCCGCUGUUCGGUGCUUACCUGGCCGAUGAACGAUGGGGUCGCUUCCGUACGAUCCUGACAUUCGGUAUCUGGUACUGCAUCGGUGACUUCCUCGUGGCUAUUGCAGCCUACCCGACGGUCAUGACGAAUUCUGCUGUUGUGAACCCGAUCUUCAUCAUCGGUUUGUUUGUCGGCAUCGGCAUCGGUACUGGUGCUAUCAAGUCGAACGUGAUCACGCUCGGUGCUGACCAAUUCGACCCGCACGACCCGAGCGAGGUACAACAGAAGGAGACGUACUUCUCGUACUUUUACUUCUGUAUCAACGUGGGAUCUGGUGUGUCGUACGGCUAUCUGUCUGUUCUGUGCGUUGAUGGUUCGGCUCAGAUUCCCGCUGAAUACGGAUACUUCGCGACAUACAUGAUUUGUGCCUGUGUCAUGGCACUUGCUGUCGUCGUGCUGUGCAUCGGCUACCCUCGCUACGUGUUCCAACCUCCCAAUGAUCGUUCCAUCUCGAUGAUGUGCCAACUUGGCUGGGCCAACGCUCACCAGACCCGCAAUGGCUUCAUCCUCGUUUCGGCCACUUUCUGCUUCCUGGCUGCGUUGGUUGUCAACGUCAUUUCGGCUUUCACCGUCGACAAGGGGGACGUUGGCAACAUCAUGUCGUACAUAGCUGCCGUGCUGGUUCUUGCCGGUAUUGUAGGCUGGGUGUACGCCGGUCAGGACCAAUCCUUCCUGGAUGUGUCUAAGAGCAGCAUGGGCGGCACUUUCGACGACGAGCGUGUCGAGGGGUACAAGAAACUGGUGCGGGUGCUCCCGUACGCCGCCUUCACGAUCAUCUGGAACUGCGCGUACGACCAGACGGAUGCCAACUUCCAGUCCAUCACACAGCAGUGCGACCUGCGUCUCGACAGGAGCGACCCGGACAGCAAACAGAUCCCUGGUGCCAUGCUCGGAGUGUUUGAUCCGAUUGUCAUUGUCAUCUGCAUUCCCAUUCUAGACUCGAUCGUGUACCCGCUGUACACCAAGAGGGUUGGCAAGUCUCCUUCUCAGUUCGGCAAGUCUGCUAUUGGCCUCAUCAUCGCCAUCAUCGGUAUCUUCUGGGCUGGUAUUUUCGAGGUGAUCCGUCGUAACGCCGGCGCCCUCGAAGACGCGAAUGGAGACCCAAUUCUUGAUGGUGGAAGCUCGGAGCCCAUGAACGACAUUUCGUGGGCCGCUGCUAUUCCCAACUACGUCUUCAUCGGUCUGGCCGAGUGUCUGAUCAACGUUACCGCCUACGAUCUCGUGUACUCGAGCGUGCCGCUGUCGUUGAAGUCGAUGGCUCAGGCCGUCAUCCUGUUCAUGAGCUCCAUGGGCUCUAUCCUGACUUCAGUCUUCACUAUCAUGUUCUCCAAGUCGCUCCCGUCCGACAACCUGAACGAGGACCACCUCGAGAACAUGUUUUUCACGGUGGGUGCCGUCAGUGUUAUCAACUUCGUCUUCUUCGUGAUCAUUAUGAAGAAGAUGAACAUGGGUAUGUCGUCGUCUCCUGAGCUCGACCAUCUCGGCAAUGAGGUCCAAAACCUUAUGGACGAGAAACUCUCCGUGAACUCCCGCCACAGUGUCGCCGUCACCAAGUAAGAAUGCAUGCAGUUGUUGUUUUACUACAGAAGGAUGAGGCAGAUCCACAAUUAUCAAACGCAGAUUUGUAUUCGUUGAAAGUUUUGUGCGUGUAUAUUUUUUGCCGUUGUUAGUUAUGAUCUUAAAAGAAAUUUAUGGGUGCCUCGACGAGCAGUUGGCCGCCAAAGUGACCGCCAACUUGGCGGUCACUUUUCGGAUAAAACUUAGUUGUUAUUUGUUUUAAGAAAAUAAGCUGA